AUGGCGUCGCGCGCGCGGAAUAGCGUCGCGCAGCUCGUCGUCGCGUGCGCGUUGACGGCGCUGCUCGGAGGAUCGCUGCAGAUACAUAAACUCGCGUCGCUUGAUUCGGCGGGACGGAGGUUCGGACGCGUGCGGACGUCGGCAAAGGUUGGAUUUCUCGUCCCGUUCGCGCUGGCGAAGAGCGGAGCGAACGCGGGCGUCGGCGGCGUCGCGGAUCGCCGAGGACGAAGACGGACGACGAUCGUGGGGUGGUGCGUGGGAUGCGUGGCACCGAUUUUAGGAUUUAUCGCGGGCGGGGUGGAGGAUGGAUUGAGCGUCGUCACGGCGUCGGCGUUAUUCUUGGGGUUCGCGCAAGGGACGGUUUGGACGGCGCUCGUGUUGGCGAGCGUCGAUUUGUGCGGGAAGGCCAGGAGAGGGUUCGCUUCGGGGUUAAACGAGACGGUGGGGUACACCGCGAUAGCGCUCUUCGCCGAGGUGUACGGGUCGAUGGAGCGAAACUGGGUGAGGUGUGCGUGGAAGACGCAGAGUCGAAGCGCGGCGUGCGCGGCGAAAAAUGUAGCCGGGACGUGCGCGACGGCGGACGAUUGGGUCAAGCAGUGCGUCGGGGAGUGCGUGUGUGAGGGGUAUAUGCGCGGUCCGAUGGGGGUGGAGCUCGCGAUGUGUCUCAUCGGCCUCGCUGUGGCGGUGUUUGUGUUCAAAGAAACGUCUCGUCUUUCGGAUUCGGGAAGCGUCUUCGGCGGCGGUGGCUCGCAUCCGUGGGCGAGCGAGAUCCAGGAGGAGGACGAGGAUGAGCUACGCGCAAACGAGGUAGAGAGUAGUGAUGGGGGCACUAUACGCGUAAUCGCGGCGCCCAAAGAGAGUCUCAAGGAUGCGAUGAUUCGAACGACGUGGCGGAACAAGAACACCGCCGUCGUGUGCGCUGCAGCGUUUUGCGCAAACUUCGAAACAGCCGUCGCUUGGGGGCUCAUGUCGGUCUGGGCGCGCGACUCGCUCGGUCUUACCGGUCGUGAGCGUGACUUUUUCACAGCGUGUUAUUCCUUCAUGAAGGGUUUCACGCAAAUCGCCGCUGGAACGCUGAGCGACACAAUCGGCAGACGUCGACCCAUAGCGUACGGCUUGAUCGGAGGUUCUAUCGCGCUGCUCAUCGCUGCAUUCGGCGCUGGAUUCCAUGGGAAGCUUUCGAUCGGGAAAACGGGCGAGAGUGAGCUCAAAUCGAUGCAGCUCGCGUAUUUGACACUCUCAUCCACCACGCUCGGCGUGUGCACGGGAAUGACGUAUCCCGUCCUCGCGGCCGCCGCCGUGGACCACGCCCCGGACGCCCGGCACUAUGCCUCGACGCUCGGCGUCGUUCGAUUCUGGCGUGAUUUAGGAUACGUCAUGGGCGUCCCCAUAGCCGCCGUUGCGGACGCCGCGAGCGCUGAACUCGCCCUGAUACUCGUCGCCGCCUUCAUGGCAACCGCCGGGUACGCGGUGAACCGCGUGUACGAAGAAGCCAUCCCGACCCUCGAGAACGCGUCGAUCGACCCAAGAUCGAGCGGAUACGUGCACACGCCAUCUGAGCCGACCGCGGGAGUCGACAUAGAGUUGUCCUCCGCGUCUAACGGGUCAUUGUAA